AUGUCUUCCUUCAACAUCAAUCAGCAGAGAGAUAUAUUAUCUACACAAAUACACAAAUGCAAUCAAUGUGUCUUGUCAUUCAACACUUAUCAUCAGCUUCAGAACAAUAAGAGAGGUCAUGAAAGCAACUUAGCAUCAGCAAAUAUCAUUUCACAAUAUAUUGCAGAGGAUGUUGAAAUGCAAAAUAAUAUUAGAAAUGACAUUAUUGACGAUAAUGAAUUAGUUAGCAAUUCAGAUUAUGCUGUGAACGCAAUAGAGAUCAACAAGGCAAUUUCUUACAAGUGCGAUUGUAGUUUCAAGGACAGUGAGGAACCUGGGGCUAAGAUCAGCCACGGAGAAACUGUCAAUGCUUUGCUCAAGUCCAAGACAAGUGUCAAAGGCCAUGAGUAUGAUGUCUGUCCUAAUGAUUGCCAAUUGUAUGAAAUUAAUGACAAUCAGGAAUCUUGUGUUUACUGUGGCAAACCGCGAUACAAGACUGAUACUGAGCAAAGUCAAACACCAGCUGCCAGUAUGAAGCUCAUGUCAGUUGGUGAUAUGUUUUCUCAAAUGCUGGCUGAUCCAGCCACAAGAGAACUCCUUUAUUACAGAGCUAACCGGGAAUCUGUAGCUGGUCAGCUCACCAAUAUUUUCGAUGGUGAAAAUUACAAGCAGCUGGUGCAGAAAGGCUUGUUCUCAAAUCCCAAUGCUGUUGCCAUUGUGCUAUAUACCAAUGGUUUUGUUAACCAAAAAAAGGGCAAGAGUUUGUACACCAUCGUUCAUGCUGUUGUAUUCAAUCUUGACACAUCAAUAAGAUAA